AUGACCAAGCUGCGUCGCGGGGUGCUGAAAGGCAUCAUCACUUCCAAUGGCGGCACAGUUUGCGAAGAUUUCGAUGGCGCAACGCACGUGGUCAUUGGUGCUGGAGUGCCAGAGACAACUUUGUCGAAACUACCCGUGGAAGUGCGAGUUGUGCAGGCAGACUGGCUUAGCAAGUCAGUGCAGCAAGGGAAGCGCCUUCCUGAAGCAGAUUUCCAGGUCCGUGUGGCCCUUCCCGUGAUCCCUACGAGAGUCGAGACAGCUGCGACACCCGCAAGUCUGGUUUCUCAACGGCGCGAGUCCGUGAAGACCGAGGUUAAGCCCUUUAAGCAGAUCAAGGACGAAGGGGCCGAAGGGGCCGAAGGGACAAAGAUAGCUGGAGAAAUUGCAACUUCCAACAUGCCGCAGAAUGUGGAAAUUGCCCAACAGCUGAAGCAGCUGGCGGAGGCCUAUUCCGCUCGUGGGGACCGAUGGCGAAGCUGGCAGCUGGCGAAGGCUGAGAGGUUGGUGAGAACAUGGCCGGAACCAUUGAGACAUCCAGAGGACUUCGACCGGAUCUCGGGUCUAGGCCCCAAAACCCGUGAGAAGUGUCGCGAGCUGCUUGAGACGGGUAGUUUGAAGCGGCUCAGUGCUAUACAGGGUGAUGCUGCGACGCAUAUUUUGCAGGAGUUCACCUGCAUCCACGGUGCAGGAGAGUCUGUGGCCAGGAGGUGGUUCCAAGCCGGCUGCCGCAGCCUGGAGGAUCUACGCGCACGGCAAGACGAGCUCCAGUUGACGAGGACGCAGAGGCUGGGCCUGCAAUAUGUGGAGGACUUCAAGCAGCGCAUCCCACGCAGCGAAGCGGAACAGCUCAUCCAGCUGGUGUCCGAUGCGGCGGAGAAGGCGUAUGGCCCCAAGCAGGUGGAAAUGAUCCCAUGUGGCUCAAUGCGCAGAGGAGCGGCGAGCAUGUCGGACAUAGACCUUGUCAUUGCACCGCGCCAUGGAUGCGUCCUCUCGGGAGGACUGACUCCAUUGCUGGUAGAGCUCAGAUCUAUGGAUGUGGCCAAGGAGGAGCUCGGUGGCCAUGCGCCCAAUUCUCCAUCUGAGAACGGAGAAGAGACGCAUCUGGGCAUUUUUCGUUUGCCAACACCUGGCAGCUUGCACAGGCGAAUGGACCUGAUUCUGUCACGGCGAGAACACUUGCCCCUGGUCUUGCUCAACUGGACUGGCUCGGGCCUCUUCUUGCGGGAACUCCACCGUUUGGCCAGCUACAAAGGUUUGAAGAUCAGCUCUACUCAAUUGCUGGCUCGAGAUGCUAGUGGGAAUGGAGUACAGGUGCCGGUCACAGAGGAAGCAGACGUCUUCGAAGCCUUGGGACUGGCUUAUCGGCCACCAGAACAACGCGAGCUGGACGACAGCCUCAUGCGAUUUGUGCAGGCGUGCAAGCCAGGUGGGCCACCUUUGAAGCGACAAAAGAGUGAGUCAGUGAAGAAGAAACUUGAGAGCAGCAUUGACUGGAUCCUAAGCCUGCGGAGCUUCCGAGGCGCAGCCUUUGAGGUUUUGCAGGUCGCCGCAGAUCUCGUGGAGGGCUUAGCUCUAGAAUCCAAGGAUCUGAAGUUCAAAUCCAGGCCUGAAGAGCUUGAGCGAAGACAGGACACCACCGGGUGGCCGAAAAGGGCUGAUGGGCUGGUGGCGAGUUAUAGCGAAUUCCAGAGGUUGGAUGAAGAAGUUGAGAAAUGCAAAGAGAAGUUGCGGUCCCUCUCCGAGCACUUUUCCAAGGUGCUGGGAACGGAGGUUGGGGUAGAGACCUUCAGCGAAGAUAUCACAUUUGCCCUGUUGGAAGAUAAAGAAUCGGAGCAGCGACAGAAGCAGGAUCAGCUUGCGCAGCUUCGGGAGGAGCUGGCAGAGCUCAGCCACAGCCAGGGUGGCCACGGUGGCCACGUGGCACCACCGGUGCCUCCCUUGGAUGGAGAAGGCCAAAGCUGCUUCGAUGGUGACAGGAUCAGCUGCAUCCAAUUUAACGAAACAGCCGGUGAAACCUUGGGUAUCCAAGAGCAGCUAAAUGCCAUCGAGGAGCUCACCAAAGUGGUUCGCAACAAAGGUACCAACCUGAGCCCACAGGAGAAGCAGCAAAUUAAGGAGCUCUUUGGAAAGCCAGAUAUCAAGAAUGAUUCGAGCUCUGAGGCCACUGCCUUGAGGGAAGAGAAGAAAAAGAUCCGGGAGCUCGAGAAGCAGGUUGGCUCACGGAAAGACCAGUGGAACAACAUUCAGGGCGCUUCUAAAGUCCUGCGGGGGUUAGCUGAAGGCAACAUGACCAACGGAGAGCUGAUGAAAAAGGUCCGCAUGGUGAAAGCGGCAUAUGUGCGCACAGGUGGCAUUGGGGACACAGGCACUGGAAGCACAGAGAUGGAGACGCUCCAGGCAGCUGCUGCAAUGGCACGCUUUCAACGACGGCGGAAUUCCGACGCGGUCACAACGGAAUCCCUAGAGGCAGCAGGGCCCCGCGGCAUGCGACGCUUCUCCGAGACGCCGGCCAGCGCAAGCGCUGAUGCCAGUGGCAGGCGGAACUCCGACGCGGUCACCACUGAAGCCCUGGAGGCAGCAUGCCGCGGCAUGCGACGCUUCUCCCAGAUGCUGGCGAGCGCGCGGAGUGGUGGCAGCGAGGGAAGCGCUGGUGGCAGGAGUGGCUCUGCAGCUCCUUUGGCCAGAAGUCCUUCAGUCGAAGUGGAUGACCUCCUGGAUGGACCGACCAUCCCCAGCGCUGCGAGCCCAGCUGCGACAGCGGCAUCGCGAUCGAUCGCGUCUUCGGCAUCCCAAAGCGAAGCAAGCCCUCGACAUCCACCAGGAGGGAGCACCCGGAAUCUGCGGCGCCGUAGAAGCAGUGGUGCUCAACUGGCCGGCGGCAUCAUCCAUGGCGUGGGGCAGGUAUCAUUGCAGGUUGCUGUGAACAUGCGGAGGCGACAUAGCCUUGCUGCAGGUCGGGACCAUCAACGAGUAAACACCUGGCUCUGUCAGUCUGCCAGUGCUCUGGCAGGUGUAAGGGCAGCUCAAGAACAGAAGCGCCUGGGACCACCUUUAGGGAUCGUCCUUGUCCUCAGAGAGAGCCGUAUGCCGUCCAAAGUGAAUCAGGCACAGCACGGCUGCAUGGCUGCACUUGCAGAGUCUGACAUGUCUGACACUGCACUUUUCUAA